AUGGGAUAUUAAGCUUAUUAACCUCCAAUAGAUACAAAACAUUAUAGUAAUUUAGCAAUUGUAUUAACUUUUAUUGGAUUCUGCUUCCUAUCAUAUUUUGUUAUGUAUUAUAUAUAAUAAAUAAUAUAGUUAUCAAAUUACAUAGAAUAAAUCAUAAAGAUCAUUGACAAAAGAAUUAUCUGUUGGAUUAUUUGCUUCAUUAUUUUUAUCAUCUGGAACAUUAUUUAGUUUUCUAGCAUUAGGAUUGUAUUUUUGA